AUGGAGGUUAUUCAAAAGUCCCGCAAACGAAACCACAGAUCCCCACCCGUUUCUUCCACUUUCACCCGCAGCAGAGCCCAGAGUCUCAUACACCGGAGCCGCUCAGGUCAGAUCCGUCCUGAUCCCAUCCGGAGCAAGGCUAACCAAUGUCCCGUUCCAAUUCCAGUUCCAGUUCCAACACAAGAGGAACUCUAUCACGUUCCCGUUCAUUUUGUUGGAAAGAAUGCAUCGCAAGGAUUUUCCGAUUCGGAAUACAAAUCUCUCAUUCAGGAUAUUUGCAAGGAAUGUUGUGAAUCGGAUUCGGAAGACAAAGAUCUCGUUAAGGAUCUUUGCAAGAAAGCGAAACAUGACGACGGUGACCUAGCUUGUGCUACCGCGAAGGAUCUUCGCAUGAGGCGUGUUUAUUCGAUUUUGUCCAGCGCUGGUGCUUGCUCCGAUCGGAUCGGAAGCGCGUUGUCCAAUCGGAGUGCCGUUGAUUCUGAAGGGAAAGUAGCUGAAUCGGAGUUUGAAUCGCUGUUUGCGGAUAACGGUGAUGCACGUGUAGAUGAUGGAAGGAUCUCACUGACUGAGGUACCUGUUUUAGGGCUUUCAUGUGAAACUCGGGAUUUCAACCGGGGAAACACUGAUACAUCAUGUGAAAGUCCGAAAUCGCAAGUUCAUAAGCAGAAUGAUGAAAUAAACGAUGUCUAUUUUUUGGAGAAAAUUGAUGAUUUGGGUGAUGAACCCGUACUAGCGACACCACCAGAGGCUGUGAUAAGUAUUAAUUUGGGAGAUAACAGAGAUGCAAGGAAAACAGAAGAGGCCCUCAGUGUUAAAGAUACUCCUCUUACUGUUAACGCAGAGGAAAAUUCAGACAAGGGUUUUUCUGGUACCAAAGAUUGCCAGUUAAAUAGUUAUGCUCUCAAGAGUAAAUCUGUACUCAAACCACGUUUACCGGGGAAAUUGUUCAAAGCUCCAGGUUCAGUUAAUUACAGAAGGCUAAUGAAGAUUAUGGGAGAUGAUAUUGGUAUACCUGGUUCGGGUCAUUGCCUCAAAGAUAAGAAGGUUAUGGAUGCACAGGGGUUUGAAUUUCCUUUAUCAUCUGAUACUCACAAAGCUUCUAAACCUAAAACUAUGACUGAUAGUUGCACCAUUCUUGAUAUUAAUGGGCCAAAGCUGACAUCUUCACCAAUGCAAUUAGAUAUUGCUAAAGUUAAUGGUGAGUGUUUGUCUGGGUCAUCCAAGGAUGAUGAAUGUGUAAGUGAUCCAAAGGCGGUUCCAGCUGCAGGUUUUCUUGGUGCUAGAGCUGUUGCUAAUGCUAGGACUACUAACCACAAUAGUUGUGCCUCAGAGCAGCUUGGUGUUUUGAAGAAAGAUUCUAUACCAACAACCAACAAUUCUGAGAUACAUGAUACCAAUGCAGACCAAAUGGAUAGCAUGUCAAAGGAUGUGUGCCCCAAAGCUGAUAAGAUGAAUGAGCCUCUUAAGAGUAAACAUGUGCAUAGACCUUACUUGCAUGGGAAGCUGAUCAAAACCACAGGUUCAGUCAACUAUAGAAGGUUGCUUCCAUUUUUGAAGAAUCUUACUAAAGAAGACUCUGGUACAUCAAAAUUUGGUGACCAGGAUCAAGACGCUGGUUUGUAUGCAAAGGAGCUUCCUUUGCCAUCUCAAAGUGAAGAAGCUUCUAUUGACUUACAAAUGGCAGCCAGCGGUCAAGUGCAAGACAAAGCUGACCCUAAUGCUUUGGCAAACAGCAUCUUAGUUAAUCCUGCUAAUAUGUUAACUCAUGGCAACCUUCCAGAAUUGACAUCUUCCCAAGACUUAUCUGAAUUGCCAAUGCAAUUGGAUGCAAAAAAAUUGGUCCAUGAGUGCUUAUCUGAAUCCUGUGUUCAGGUACAUUCUGAGAAGGCUGCAAUUUCUUCAAAAGAUGAGUGCUUGAGUGAACCAAAGACUGAUCCUUGCUCAGUAAUGAUGGAUUUUAACUGUGCUAAGAUUAUCACUGAUGCUACUAACCUUGAUGGCUUUACUCAACUGCACACCCCUUUAUCUGAACAACACCUCAGCGUGUCACCACCUAAAGACCAAAAUUUGCUUAAUAGUAAUGAUGAUAUCUCCAACCUUUCCUCUAAAGAGUUAGUGAAUCAGGAGAAGUGGGAAUCUGUUAGCAGCUGUCCUCCUGAAGGUCAGAGUCUAUGUCAGUUGGAUCUUAAUAUGCUAGAUGUGGAGAAUGUAACAAGUAGCCAUGCAAUUAGCAAAAAUGAUGAUAAUGUGGUUUUAAGUUGUGUCGGCAUCUCAAAUGAAGAACCUAGACCAUCAUCUGAGAAGAUUAUCUCUGAUAAACCAGAGCUACCAGACAUUGCAGAGGAGAAUGAAACAAAUAGCCAUGCAAUUAAGAAGUUUGACAAUUCUGUAGUUUUAAGUGUCAACAUCUCAAAUGAAGAACCUAGGCCACCAUCAGAGAAGAUUAUCUCUGAUAAACCAGAGUUACCAAACAUUACAGCACAUGGUGGUGACAUAGCAGAAAGUCUUCUGAAUGGCGUAGUUUAUGCUUCAAAGAUGCCUUCAAAAGGAAGCAAUUACAAAGAUGCCAGUUCUGUUGGGGAGAUUGAAAAUGGAUCUGAAUCCAAGACCACAGUGGUUCUAAAUCGUUGUCCACGGAUGAAGUUGUUUAAACAUGCCGGGUCUUUAAACUACAAAAGAAUGCUUCCAAUUUUCUUGGAAGCUGUGAAGUCUAAUUCCUGUGCCUCAAAUAAUGAUCAUCACCCAAAAGUUCAGAAGCUUUUGUAUCAUACUCCAGCCGUUCCAAUUUCAGAUUCAAACUUGUUAGUAAAUCCGAUAAGUGUUUCAAAUGACUGUGUUCCUAUGGAUGAUAGUACAAUCGAUUUUGGUGCUCAGAAAGAAACAGAGUUUCAAGCUUGUGAUUUAAAUAAUGAUAGUUCAAGCCCAAGUGCUCAUCUACCAGGUAAGCAGAUCCUAUCAAAUGGACAUGACAAGCUGGAGAACUUAAUCAGUUCACCGAAUUCUAUUGAGAGAGAUUUACUAACCACACCUUCAAGACCGAUAACUGAUGAAGUUACCACUAUAGAAGAAGAGGCCACCACUGCCUUGUCUAUUGAGGAGAGAUCACCUGAAACACUUGGAUAUUGUCAGAGCUUGUCUCAACUGAAAGUCACGGAUCAACUUAGUGCCCCCAGUGUUGGUUUCCAAAAAGGAAUUUUGAGAAGAAACCCUAGAGGAUGCAGAGGGCUUUGCACAUGUUUAAACUGUGUUUCUUUCCGCCUUCAUGCAGAAAGAGCAUUUGAAUUUUCUAAAAAUCAGAUGCUAGAUGCUGAUGAGGUUGCCCAAGACCUCAUGAAGGAACUAUCCUAUCUCAGAAACAUUUUAGAAAGAAACAAUGAUGGUGUCAAUGACACUCCAGUUUUUGAUGGAAGCCAAGUGAAAGAAGCCUGCAGGAAAGCAUUUGAAACAGAACAACUUGCAAAGGAACGGCUUAGCCAGAUGAAUGAUGAUCUUAACAUGCAUUGCAGAACACCGAGUCUGCUGCCACCAAGUGUUAAAUUUUCAGAUCAAGUUGAAGAAAAAGUCAUUCAACCAGACUCAUAA